UAUGAACACGAAAAACAGUGAGGAUGGAACCCAGGGCCCGAUAGAUUCCUCUGGAUAACCAAGAACAAACACAGAUUAACAUAGCAUGGAAUGAGGAUUCUCUUUGCAAAUCGAAGUCAGGGAUACAACUAAAUCUGUUAUUUGGAUGCCUGAAUGCAUCAAGGUUGAUCGGGAAGAAGUUAUUCAGAAACAACCGACAGAUUUGAUGCCUCCAUCCCGCAGGAGAUGUUGCCACCGGCGUUUUUAGAUUCAUCCACUGGUCAGUUUUCGUCAUUUGAGUCUUCUCGUCGAUUUUUGUAAUCAUUACAACAACAUGAACUCUUCGUCAUCGAAUUCGAAUAACGGAUUUUCGAAUUUCAACGAAACGAAUCCGGUUUUGGGGUUUAAUUCGCAGCCGUUGGCGGCUUCCAGGAAGUCUGGCGUGGGCGCUGCGACUAGUUCAGGUUCGAAUCUUUCCCGACCACGGCUUCUGAAAGUGAGAAAGCAAACAUCUACUCAUAAUCACAAGCCUACUAAUCCCCUGGAUAACCGAGUGGCAGGUGUUGAUCGUGGUCUAGGGUUUAACCAGUUUGGGAGUUCAUCUCAAUCGGUUUUGGGAAAUUUGAGUUCUGGAAGUGUUGCUAAGGAGGCGCUUUUAUUUGGUGCAAACAGAGGCAACAAUUCCAGUUCAUAUUCGGGAGUUAAUGUUAAUGCCAUUCUUGAUGAUAUGUCCAGAUUGAAGAUUGAUGCAACUGGUAACAAUGCUUUCGGAAGUGAAAACAACAAGAGUGUUGACACCCCAUCGAUGGUGGACGAACUGCCAAAGGAAAUCAACAAUAAAGAAAAGAAUUCUCAAGGAGAGGAUCCAAUAAAGAAAAGCCAAUUCAUGAAUUCUGUUGGUACAAAUGUGGCUUUAGAAUUAGAAAAUGAGAUGAAAAGGAUGAACCUCAAAGAUCCCAAGGAUAUUUAUUCUGGAAGUGAUAAUUUCAGAAGUUCUGUAUUCGUACAGAACACGAAGACUGGCAAUCAGUGCAAUGAAGAAGAGGCCUAUGCUAAUUUAUUAUCUGAUAGGAUGUGUGAGCUUAAAGUAAGUGGAGAUGGAGAAACAUCUCGUUCUUCGUCUAGAAGAUCUGAAAAAAUGGCUGAGUUUGCUUUUACAAGCAAAUUGGAUGAUAUAGGGGCUCCACAUGUAGAAUUCAAAACACCCGAUAUGAAGAGUAACAUGUUUUCUGGCUUGAAUAGAUUUGAAGCAAAGAAGGAAUCUGUUAAAGACACUAAGUCGAAGAAAAAGAAAGGGAAACCGAAAAAACCCAUUGUUGGUCAAUCAAGGUUUAGAGAAGAUUUUGGGUUUAGUGGAAGAAGCUGGUCUGAAAAUGUAGACAUUUCUGAAGCAUACUCGCCAAUGGAUAUUUCUCCGUAUCAUGAAACACAAGAUGACAAGUGUUAUAGAGAAACUUCUUUGACAUCAGAGGAGGGUUCACAAAUUGAUGACCAAAAUAGUGUGUCAAGUGAAUCACAUAUAAUGAUCUCAAAUGUCACAACCGAUGAAGACCUGCUUGGCAGCAUACAAUGCUUGGACAUUAGUGAUGGUGAUUUGAAACCCUCUUUAGCAAGAGAUGAAGUUUUUGAGUCUCAUAUUAAUGAAGUUUCUGCGACAGAAAGCUUCAAGUCUGCAACUGAAAAUCUGGAAUUCAGUAGUGAUACUUUUGUUACGGCACUAGAUUCUGACGAGAGUUCAACUGCAACCUCUGGGAGGCAAGAAAGUGCUGCCAUGCGGGUGUUUAAUUUUGCUUCGAAAUCAGAUCAUACCAGCAAGGAUAGCUUCACCUUUGCCGCAUCUCCAUCUAGUCCACGUCAAUUUCCAUCAGACACACGUCAGCAUAAAAAGAAACAUCCACUAAAAGUUAUUCAUGAUUCUUACAGUUCCACAUCUGAUGCCAAAAACUCUUAUGUGCCAUCAUCCUCUGCAGAGUUUUUCCCAAUUUCAGGGAAUUCUUCUAUUUUUUCUCCUGGGAAGGGCCAAAAAGUUGAUUCAUCUAUAUCAUCAAGCGAAAAAAAGGAUAACUUAAAACCAGUAAAUGAACAAGAUUUUCAGCAUAAAAUCGUCACAACUUCAUCUUCCAGCAAAAGAGCACUGGAAGCCUGUGAGAAAUGGCGAUUGAGGGGAAACCAAGCUUACAGUAAUGGUGAUCUGGCUAAAGCAGAGGAUUGUUACACACAAGGGUUAAACUCUGUGUCUCAAAGUGAGCAAUCUAGAAGCUGCCUUAGGGCUUUGAUGCUGUGCUAUAGCAAUCGUUCAGCAACCAGGAUUUCUCUUGGAAGGAUGAGAGAAGCAUUAGGAGACUGUCUGAUGGCUGCCACCAUAGAUCCAAACUUUCUCAAGGUUCAAGUUCGAGCUGCACAUUGUUACCUUGCUAUUGGAGAACCUGAAAAUGCAAAACAGCAAUAUAUGAAGUGCUUGCAAUCCGGAACUGACAACAGUGUGGACGGUAAAGUAAUAGCAGAAGCCUCUGAGGGUCUAGAAAAGACACAGAAAGUGUUGGACUGCAUUAAGCAUUAUAGCGAUCUUCCCCAAAGACAAGCUUCUGAAGAGAUAAAAUCUGCAUUAAGUGUCAUCGAUGAAGCCUUGCAGAUAAGCCCUUGCUCGGAGAAAUUGCUUCAAAUAAAAGCGGAAGCUCUUUUCAUGUUGCGGAGGUACAAACAAGCGAUUCAAGUGUGCGAGCAGACUCUUAGUUCUGUUGAAGUAGACACACCCACAAGCUUUUCUUCUACGCUAUGGAGAUCACGCCUGAUCGUUACAUCCUACUUCUAUUUAGGAAUGCUAGACGAAGCUCUUGAAUUUAUCAAAAAACAAGAGAAUUCAGGCCAUAUUACACAAAGGGUAGAAGACAGGAAUCAAGAAUCAGCAAUACCUUUAGCCGAUACAAUACGUGAGCUUUUAUCUCGCAAGGCAGCAGGAAAUGAAGCAUAUAAAUCCGGAAAGCAUACAGAAGCAGUCGAGCAUUACACUGCUGCUUUAUCAAGCAAAGUUGAAUCUCGUCCGUUUGCAGCAAUAUGUUUUUGCAACCGUGCUGCAGCUUACAGAGCUUUGGGUCAAAUCACAGACGCUAUUGCAGAUUGCAGCCUAGCUAUAGCCCUCGAUCCAAACUAUCUAAAGGCAAUUUCUAGACGAGCCAGCUUGUAUGAGAUGAUUAGAGACUAUGGACAGGCAGCAAUAGAUCUACAGAAACUGGUAUCUCUUCUAACAAUGCAGGUGGAGGAAAAAGGUGGAGCAACUGAUAAAAUAAGCCAUAUGAAUGAGCUAAAGCAAACUCAGGCACGGCUUGCUGAUGUUGAAGAAGAAUCCAGAAAGGGAAUUCCGUUAAAUAUGUACCUCAUACUGGGAAUUGAAUCAACUGCUUCUGCAGCAGAUAUCAAAAAGGCAUAUAGGAAAGCUGCACUUAGACAUCAUCCUGAUAAGGCUGCUCAAUCACUCGGUAGAAAUGAUGAUGGAGAUGAUGGGCUAUGGAAGGAAAUAGCUGAAAAUGUCCACAAAGAUGCGGAUAGGCUUUUCAAAAUGAUCGGAGAAGCAUAUGCUGUACUUUCCAACCCUUCAAAGAGGUCACGAUAUGAUCAAGACGAAGAGAUGAGAAAUGAACCCCAUAGAUUUACUAGAAGCAACACAUCAAGAAUGGCUGCAGAAGGCCAAAACUCUGCAUUUGAGCAAAGUACAAACCGGCGUGAAUGGCAGGAUUCUUGGAGACCCAAUGUCAAUACCCAGUCUACAGGCUCCGAAAAGCCCGACUCGUCAUAUAGGUAUUCCAGGUACUAGUAAUGGUUUUCCUGAACAAGUUUGCCAUCAACGCUUUGAAAAGUCCAAACCGUUAAACAAAUUGUAGCUAAACUGCAAGUCAAGCAUGCAAAGCAUAUGGUUUUGGAGAACUAAAGGACUCCAAGGAUAUACAAAGGAAGUUCAAUGAAGAGUUCCCAACUCUUAUCAGUCCUUAAGGUUGAGAUCUAGCAUAUGACUUUUUGUUUUGGUGAGGACAAGCUCUGUGUGUGUGUGUGUGUAUAGUGUUGGUAAAACUGCUAACACCAUAAAGUAUACUGAUAAACAAAAGGACAGUUGACCAAAACUCUUACCGGUCUUGGUUCUUCUUUCCUUUUCGCACACUUUGACACAAGUUGGGCAUGGAAACAAUUGCUCAACCCUUUGGACCAGAGGACAAGUAUGCAUACAUGUCAACCCUCAUAUCUUACUUUUGAGUGAGAUAUACCUAUGUGCAAUAGACUACCUCGAGCCUUCCUUUGAUUAUACUGUGUGAUGUGUAUAUAGGCAUUGUGUUGUGAGUUUAUAUAGAAUCCCAUCAAAAGAGUGAAUUUUUUCUAUGUUUUUGAAUGGCAUGUGUUCAAUGAAUGAAUAAUUUUCUUGUGGUGA